AUGGCAGAAAGCAAAGAUAAACUCAAAGAACAAUCAAAAAAACUUAUAAAUGCUGCUAAACGGGUAAGCCUAGAGAUUAACUCWGAUAAAACUGAGUAUAURGUAGUGCAAAGACAUGAGCAAAUAGGCUGUCGUAACGAGGUCCUGAAAGUCAUAAGUUAUAAAUUCAAAAGAGUGCAGCAGUUSAAACAUCAUGACACAAUAAUAACACAUCAGAAUAAAAUAGGCACUGAAAUAAAAGUUAAAAUACAAGCUGCCAAUAAAUGUUAUUUUGACCAGACAAAGUUAUUAAGAUCCAGAGUAAUCUCAAAAAAUCUGAAGUCCCAAAUAUACCAGAUACUUAUCAAGCCAGUGAUGACAUAUGRCUCGGAAACUUGGACCUUGAGGAAAAUAGACGAAAAUGCACUAUUAGUGUUUGAAUGA